AUGAGUUCCAAACGAAGCACCCCUCCAAAUCUGAUUCCGACUCCGUCGAGGUUUCGUGGAGGCCCGCUGAAACGUGGCAGAGCUGUGAGCAGUCCGAAUUCAAGCAAGCGCCAGAGGAUCGAGGAAGGACUCAAAAGACCUAGCAAGCCGAGAGAAAAACUAGGCUCAGACAAGAGGUUGCCCUUAGCAGGUCCGUCCCGCGCGCGUGAGACGACCCAAAUACGAUCCAAUUCCGUCAAGACCGAAAGCAAAAGCCUCUCUCCUCGAGUCGGGUAUUCCACUAGUUCUCGAAGAACGGAUGCAUCGGACUCUACCGGGCACUCUUCGGACUCCUAUGAUGAGGAUGGAAAUCGCAAAAAGAGACAGAAAGGAGAAGAUGACGAUAUCUAUCGAGACUAUGGAUCGCCAGACGACGACUUUGAAAUCGAAGCACAAUUCGACAAAGAACAUGCUAAAGCCCAGGCAGGGGUUGAACGAAGAAAUCUCGUCAACGAGAUUACACAGGAGAAAGCUAGGCGUAUGGCUAAAGCUGUACGAGUUCCGGCAAAUUCAAAGAUGGGAGAGGGGGAAAGAAACCUGUACCUUGAGCUUGCUCUGCGUGGCUGCAAACCGGUGAUGUAUCACCACUGGAAAACAGACUUCUCGACGCUACCCGAGUCACUCUUCUCUUCGGAAAAACCGCCUGCCAACGAGUUAGAUGAAAUCAUCUUCAAAACCAAGACCCGAUCUGAGUUCCAUGCGAUCAAAGCUAUGAAAGAACUCUUGGAUUUGGGUGGACAGGUCAGAGACUGCGGUAUAUUGACUGCGGUUUAUCCACCAGAGGUGAUAAGGAAGGCGAUUGCAAAGUACAUUCGCUGGGCUAUCGACGAUGCUGGGCUCAAAACUAACGCCGAUACUCUCCCGUUCCACAUCAUAUACGCUCAACAGAUCGGACAGCCCACCCUCGAGACUGUCACGAAAGUAGUCAAGAAACUCACUAAACUGGCACUUCAGCACCGAGGCGCAUAUCAAGGUGCGGAGAAUGUAUACUGGCCUACCUUGGUCGGAUAUGUUGUUUGCGGGCCCAUUGCCACGAUCCUGUCACUCGAUUCGAACCCUCUCUCUCCCGCCUGGAGUGGACCUGUUGACAAACGAGUGAAAUAUAUGGGUCAGUUCGAUCUCACUGAGCCUGACCAGGAUGUCUGGAACUCUCUCGCCAUAGCCAUUUCGGUGAUUCACGUGCGGGAGUCUAUGCUGAAGCUUGCUGCUACGUAUUCCGGCCCUCGAGCACCUUUCUUCCGCGGCCAAAACGGUGAUUUUAGUGAUGAUGACUGA